UUGUCAAAUCGAUCGCAGCUCGGGAGGAGUGUGCGAGGCGCAGUUAUCAUCGCAGACUUCCCCAUCACUCACAGUCCCAGCGGUUCCGCAGGAAGGCAGCUGUUAAUAACCUAACAAGCAUGCCUGGAGCAUUAUAAGGUCAUUAGUCUACUGACCCCCAUAUGGAUUUACGCACUUCUUCUCUGAGAUUCAAACGCUGACGGUGCUUUCCCCUUUUUCUUUUUCGUCCGCUCUCAUUCAUCCCGGCGGUGAUGUGUGGCGAAGGGAUUGGUAAAAUAAUGGGCAAAUUCGGUUUAUGAACUCUCCGUGUGAUGGACAGGCGACUAUUGAGCUCGAGCUCGGCUGGAGCGAGUAGAAAGUGAGCUCAUUUGAAACAAACAUCUGUCUUCAGGACUCCUGCCACCUUUUUAAGCAAAAAGAAUGCUCUCGCUUUCGUAAACGGAGGAUCUGAACAGUGAUUGAGGACGUGAGGGAAGACAGAAGAGGACAAAGUAGAAGACAUGGCCGGCUCACAGGGAGGAGAGUGAACGGAGAGCACUGGACAGAGAGAUGAAGCUGUGGGGGCAGUCAGUCUGGCCGUUGCAGGUUGUUCUCCUGGUCACCUUGGUAAUGUGCUCGUGCCAGUUGGUUUCUGCAGGAACACGGAGUCUGCGGGGACACACAGCUUCGUACCAGGUGAAGCAGGGAACCUGUGAGGUGGUGGCUGUCCAUCGGUGCUGCAAUAAGAACAAGAUAGAGGAACGCUCACAGACCGUCAAGUGCUCCUGUUUCCCUGGUCAGGUGGCUGGUACGACACGAGCACAGCCUUCUUGUGUGGAGGCUUCCAUCGUGCUGCAGAAGUGGUGGUGUCAAAUGCACCCAUGUUUGGAUGGCGAGGAGUGUAAAGCUCUUCCAGACCUGACUGGUUGGUCCUGCAGCACCGGUAACAAAGUCAAAACCACCAAGGUCACACGAUAGCAAGAACAUGGCUGUGCUACCAAGAGGUCCACGGCUCCUUACCAACCCCUAAUGGAAAAGAAGACCCUCUUGUUUAAGACACUGACAUUACAGAGGAUUCUGUACAUGUGAAAGAUGGACAAACUCAGUAUAGACUAUAGAUGGCUGCCUUGCUUUGACAGUAGAUAUGAGGAUGGAGAAGGAUCUUUGUAUAAACCUGAAGUUCGACUGAAGAUGCUGGACACACAGGUGCUCAUAUGACAGACCGCAUCUGUCAGCUGAAAGUGACUUUUCGGAUUUAUGGCACUGGCCCUCUUGAGUGUAUGUGUGUGCGUUUGUGAGACAGAUUCUAGUAUGUGGGACUUGUAGGACAAACUGUGGACAGUUCAGACCUGUCUGGGAGCUUAUGUGUUUGUGUAAGUGUGUGUUAGUCAGGUUGAUGAUGAUGAGACAGUAGUUCAACACUGUUUAUCUGCUUUCAGCACACAGCAAAGUCAUUUUGCACUUCUAAUUAGGGUUGCUGAAUAGGAUCAUAACAACAAAUUCAAGGGUGAUUUUUUGGGCCUAGAUAAGAUCACAUGGAGAUGUUUUCCAUGUUCUGGUCUUUUACUGUCAGUGUAAGAUGGAAUUAAAGAGAGAACCAUUUAUUAAGCUUUCUUCCACAAAUGCCAAAUAGAAAUGCAAGUGAUGUAGUCAACAGUAAAAUAAAAAAAGGCAAACUGCAGUAAAAUACAGCUCCUCACUGCUGUAAAAUGUUAUGUAAUGUGAGCUUUACAGAUGCUAUCCCCUUCAGAAAACAUUUAAACUGACAGCUGGCUAAAAAUUCCUACUGUAUGUUACUCUGCAAAAUUAUCCACAAACCACUUAAAGGUGCACUAAGUAUUUUUUACUGGAUUUAACACCUAAAUAAAUUAAUAAUAUGGUUAAAAUUGUGAUUACUUAAAAGAAGCUGUUCUAUUCUACAAAGGGCUAUUCAGACCCUCAUGGGGACCACCAUGUUGAGAUCACAUGACUUGCUGAAUAAAACUCGCUGUCAGCCCCCAUUACCAGACACUGCAGGUUUCAGACUAAAUUAAAGGAGUAGUUCACAAAAAACAACCUUCUAUAUAAUACCACAGUACAUCUAUGCCACUAGGUGCAGUAUACGAUUCCAGAAAGUUACUUAGAGCACUUUUAAACAAGGAACCUCCUCGCUUUUAACUUUGUUUUCUGUCUUCACCGUGAACCUCUCAAAAUUACUCUGUGAAGUUCUGAAAACAUGCUAGCAAUGU